GGGGAAUUGCACGCAGGCUUUCAGCCUCCAGACACAACUGCAGGCUCCGAGGAUGCGUCUGCGAGAUAGAUUUGUUGCUUGUGUGAACAGAUAAAGCUCCCUUUGCAAGUGGUGACAGGUUAACGUGCUUGGUAUGGGAAUCACGUCUGAUUUUAACACAAUAUGGCUGGUAAAUAAAACCUGAUUGCUAACAGACCCGGUGCUGCUGUUGGCAUUUUCGAGCUCUAGGCUACCUUUGCAGUUCUGCAUCUUCACCUGCCGCAGAAACUCUGAUUCACCCUUCAACCAGUGCACCAGGACUCCUCUAUUUUUUUCUGUGGGGCAGUAAUAGAAAUUGCUGUUAAUGUGCCUUUGACCUCUGCUUGCAUGCCUCUGGGCACUUCUUAUCAGUAUUUGAACAGCUGGCUCUAAUAAUACCAUCUUUAUGCAGAGCACAUCCUAAGUCAGAGGGAUAGCACACAGGACAGACUUUUUGCUGCUAUGCUGUGGUUUUAACAUGUGAACAGUUCAGAAAUUUGAGCCUUGACGUGAAGACAUUGACAAUAACAUCUGCAGAGAGUGUGUGCUUCAGCCCCAGUAGCCGUGUUAAAAAAGCAAAUCUCGACUAAAGAUCAAAAUCAAGAGACAAAAUGGCCAUCAACUGGAAGACCUGCUUCUUCACUCUCAUAUUGCUUCCCAUGGUUGCAGCAACACAUUCCAACUGCAUCAUUAAAAAGGAGCAAGAAACCUGUCUGGAGAAGAUACGGAGGGCAGCUGCCCUGAACCCUCUUAAUGACUCUUCUCCAGGUUGCCCAGGAAUGUGGGACAAUAUUACAUGCUGGAAACCUGCAAGUGUGGGUGAAAUUGUCUUUGUCAAGUGUCCUGCAUUGUUCAGAUUUAUCAUCUCUGAAGACGGUUGGGAAGUAGAUAACUUGGGGCAAACUCAUGCAGGUGAUUAUGACCUGCUGGAAAGCACAGCCCAGUCUCCUCUAGGGGACAUCAGCAGAAAUUGCACUGAAGAUGGCUGGUCUGAACCUUUUCCUCAUUAUUAUGAUGCCUGCGGCUUUGACGAAAAUGAAACAGAGUCUGACAACCAGGAUUACUACUAUCUAUCUGUGAAGGCUCUGUACACGGUUGGAUACAGCACUUCUCUUGUUUCCCUCACCACUGCCAUGGUUAUCCUGUGUCGUUUCAGGAAGCUUCACUGCACUCGAAAUUUUAUCCACAUGAACCUCUUUGUUUCAUUCAUCCUACGUGCGAUAUCUGUAUUCAUUAAAGAUGGGGUUCUUUAUGCUGAACAAGAUGGCAACCACUGUUUCAUCUCAACUGUGGAAUGCAAAGCGGUGAUGGUGUUUUUUCACUACUGUGUCAUGUCCAACUAUUUCUGGCUUUUCAUUGAGGGACUGUACCUUUUCACUUUGUUGGUAGAAACCUUUUUCCCAGAGAGGAGAUAUUUCUACUGGUACACUAUUAUUGGCUGGGGGACCCCAACAAUUUGUGUCACUGUUUGGGCAGUGCUGAGACUUCACUUUGAUGAUACUGGCUGCUGGGACAUGAAUGACAACACUGCCUUGUGGUGGGUGAUCAAGGGUCCUGUGGUUGGAUCAAUCAUGAUAAACUUUGUGCUUUUUAUUGGCAUAAUUGUGAUACUUGUGCAGAAACUCCAGUCACCUGAUAUUGGAGGCAAUGAAUCCAGCAUUUACUUCAUCUUGCUGGAAAGAAAGGAGAAACAUGGCAUAUAUCAUAGCACCCUCCCUCUUCCUCCCAGAUGCAGCUGCAGUCCAUGCACAGGACACAUGCGCAGCUGCGUUCAGAAAUGCUACUGUAAGCCUAAGAGGGCUAACCAGCACUCUUGCAAGAUGUCAGAACUAUCAACCAUUACCCUGAGACUGGCUCGCUCUACGCUACUGCUUAUCCCCUUGUUUGGAAUUCACUACACGGUGUUUGCUUUUUCUCCUGAAAAUGUCAGUAAGCGGGAGAGACUAGUGUUUGAAUUGGGACUGGGAUCUUUCCAGGGUUUUGUUGUUGCUGUUCUCUAUUGUUUCUUGAAUGGGGAGUUUCUCCCUAAAGGUGCAAUCAGAAAUAAAGAGAAAAUGGAGGAGCUGGAAAGUCAACCGGUAUUUUGCUGUGGAUUUCAAACAUCGUCAUCCUUCUCUAGCGAGCAGCGGAGUGAACGGGGGGACACAACUCUCCAUUCUGAGCAAGAGCAGCUCUCAGAUUCGGAUGUCCAGCAUAAAUGCGGAGAAUCUAGCGACAUGAGCAGCUAAGGAAAACAAAUCAAUAAACAAGCAAACCAAAAACCACCCCUUUAAAAAGAAAACAAA